UGUCUAUUAUUAUCACAGACCACUCCGCAAACUUCCUUUCCCAUGCCAACGUCACGUCACAGUCUUGCGCGUCAAGCCUUGGCUUUCAGGCUGAAGAACGGAGAACGGAGAACAGAGUAUCGUUGGAUGAAUUUCCGGUCAAUCCUGAUCCUAAACCAUGUCAGAUAUUCGAUCUUGUCUGUCAUGUGGUGGCCUCGUUGUCAGCAUAACCCUCGUGGGUUGUAAUGUGAUAUUGUCACUUCUCCGCCCCUUCACGGCCCGUAGCUCUGGAUCUAAGAGAUUUGAUUACAUACAACCUUUUUCACCUGGUGAAUCGGCUCUGCUCUUACAUCGACCCGCAACUUGGCUCUCCCAGCUGCUCCCCUGCCGUGUCAAUACUCUGGGGUGGCUUAUCCAAGAGUAAAUUAACUCUACUUGUGGAUGUCGAUGUAUGUGGGUUCGAAUAUCCGCAUUGCCGGUUUCUGAAGAGUUGGACUUUGACGU